AGCGACACGCUCGGGUAUUAGUAAUGCGGCAAAGUUAGGUGCCGAGACCUGGCGGAUUGUUUUUCGUUUAUCAGAACCGGAAAACACUACUAUAGUACUGCGUCACAACUAGCGCAGACUCCGACCACCUGGGGUAGUGCCUAGGCGGAGCGGCCUGGGAACUGGACUCUGCUUCCUUCCGCCUCAAGCUGGAGGACGAGCGCUUCGCGUGGGACUUCCUCCGCCUGGCUCCGCCUCUUGCCCCGGAAGUAGUCAUAGCGGAGGGAGGUUUCUGGGCCCGUUUUUGCGCAGCGCUUCCUUUUUGUCCGACAUCUUAGCGCGGUUGUAGUGUUCGCCGCUGCUCUCCGAGAUUCGCGAUGCCGCCCAAGGACGACAAAAAGAAGAAAGACGCCGGAAAGUCGGCCAAGAAAGACAAAGACCCAGUGAACAAAUCCGGGGGCAAGGCCAAAAAGAAGAAGUGGUCCAAAGGCAAAGUUCGGGACAAGCUCAAUAACUUAGUCUUGUUUGACAAAGCUACCUAUGACAAACUCUGUAAGGAAGUUCCCAACUAUAAACUUAUAACUCCAGCUGUGGUCUCUGAGAGACUGAAGAUUCGAGGCUCCCUUGCCAGGGCAGCCCUUCAGGAGCUCCUUAGCAAAGGACUUAUCAAACUGGUUUCAAAGCACAGAGCUCAAGUAAUUUACACCAGAAAUACCAAGGGUGGAGAUGCUCCAGCUGCUGGUGAAGACGCAUGAAUAGGUCCAAACAACUGUACAUUUGGAAAAAUAAAACUUUAUUAAAUCAAA